AUGGUGAGACAUUAUCAGCUUUAUGGCACGGGCACUUUCAGUCCUUCUGACUUGAUUUCUCCUGGUUUCUCCACGAUACACAGCACCGGAACACUGCCCUACUGCCACACGUUCUUCUACGGCUCCUCUGGACGUUACCCUGCCUUCACCUGCGGCGGCACGAGUCGGACCGCCCCGUCGGUCUACCUAACCGUCAAGCCCGGCACGACGAGAUUCUUCGCUACCUCGACCAGCCUGGCGACUCUCCGCACCACAGUCACCUCCUCCAACGGCGCUGCCGUCACCAAGGUAGUAACUGUGACCCCAACCGGCCCGACGAAUGGCAGGACCGGCGACGUCGACGAGAGUGGUGGCGCCAGCAGUGGUAGUCUACAGCCAUCCAACAAUGGUGGCGGCAGCGAUAACGGCGGCGGUGGCAGUAGCAGCGCAAACACGGGCGCCAUCGUGGGAGGCGCGGUCGGCGGUGCGGCGGUCCUCGCUGUUUUCGCACUGGCUGCCGUCCUGCUCUACCGUCGCAGGAAAAAGAACACGAGCCACCCCGAUGGCGCUUCCGCCGGGCCGUCGGGGAGCGGGUACUACCCCAUGUCGCCGAGCCAGCCCGACUCGACGGCCUUUACGCCGUCGUCCUACAACACCCCGGGUAUUCCGUGGGCUCAGAACAACGGCCACUCGGUGUCGAGCGUCUCCCCCGGCCUGAGUUUGCCGCCCAACGCCCCGCACUAUGAGGGAGCGUAUCCCAAAUACCCUGCACCCAUGGCCGAGGUCGACGGGACUGGGCCGAACCGGGCGCACGAGAUGGCGGCGAACUGA